UUGGCGUCAUUACGAGUCACUACGAGCUGUCAAUGCCAAAAUAUAACGGGGAAAACUUUGUUUUUAAAUCAAAUCUGGAAACUUGUCUCGAUUUGGAAAAUAAACUAGGAUCAAGAACUCUCCAGGGACUGUAUAUUGGUUAUGCAUUUUUGGCGUUGCCCCUUGCUCCCGAGGACGCUCAAUGCUAGUCAGUGACAGUGGGAUUCUGCUACUGCUAGCAAGCUGUAGCCGACUUGCUAAGUUAAGAAAGUGAAGACGGCAGCUAAACAGAAGCUAGAUCUACUUAUACAGACCUAUGCAACUGAUAUCAGGUGAGUGAUGGAGACGAGAGAGUUGAGCGUGGUGGCUGGCAGCUUUGUGGGGUUCCAGUUGAUGUUCUCGGUGGCCAGUCCCCUGCUCUCGGCUGUCAUCACCCCUAGUUACGGAAGCCUGCCCACCACCAAGCUCACCGAGUGGAACUCCAGGUUGGUGUCCACUGUCCAUGCCCUGAUCGUGGGCCUGUUCUGUCUCUACAUCCUGUGGUUUGACGACGUCGUCAACGCGGAUCCCGUCUGGGGGGAUCCCAGUCUAGUGAAGCUUAAUGUUGCUAUAACCUGCGGUUAUCUACUCUACGACCUGGUGCUGCUGGCCGAACUGAGCACCAUGGGGGACGGCUUCUUCAUCUGUCACCACCUGGCGGCGCUCUACGCUUACGGCUACGUCCUGACUCGCGGCGUGCUUCCAUAUUUUGCCAACUUCCGCCUCAUUUCAGAACUAUCGACGCCUUUCCCCUCUCCCAGGUGGUUCUUCGAAACCCUCAAGUACCCGCGCUCCGACCGGCUGGUGUGCGCCAACGGCGUCGCAUGGCGUGGUCUUCUCGUGGUGCGCAUCGUCGUCAUGCCUCCCUACUGGCUGAGUGUGUUCGCCACGUUUGGCACGCCGCGUUUCGAGCGGCUGGGCCUGGCGGCCCAGGUGUCCUGGAUCACGUCCUGCAUCGUGGACAUCCUGAACACGGUGUGGAUGUACAAGAUCGCCCGCGGCUGCUACAAGGUGAUGAAGGGCGCCGGGCGCAAGGCCAAGGUGGAGGACGCCCCAACGGACAAGCAGAACAAAGUCAACAACCACACAGACUGAGGGACUGCAGGGAGGACGGGC